GGGCGGGUGGGAGAGCGGGCAGGUGACACCCGGCGGCCUCCGCCCCUUUUCCAGCUCGGUCGGCGGCCGGGGCAGCAGGGCCCGCUGUGAGGAGCUCCGCGCUCGCGCCGCCGCCCGCCGCCGCCCUCUGCUCCCGCGCCCGGGUACUUGGGCUCCGCUCGUCGCGGGGAGUCAUCAAUCCACGUGACCUACCCAUCUACUCUGGGUACCAUCUCCAUCCCCUGAUGAGGCUCCAUUCCCUAUUCCCAUCCCCACCCAGAAUGAACCUGUUACUGCCAAUUCUGGCUUGUCUCAAAGGCGAAGUAUUUGAGAACCCAUUGUAAGGGCGAGUAAAUCCUGUGGAAAAUGGCCUUCAGUGAUCUUACAUCGAGGACCGUGCGUCUUUAUGGUAAUUGGAUCAAAGAUGCUGAUCCAAGAGUUGAAGACUGGCUCCUCAUGUCCUCGCCUCUGCCACAAACCAUCAUCCUGGGACUCUAUGUCUAUUUUGUCACAUCCCUGGGACCAAAGCUCAUGGAGAAUCGAAAGCCCUUUGAACUCAAGAAAGCGAUGAUAACGUACAAUUUUUUCAUAGUACUCUUUUCUGUGUAUAUGUGUUAUGAGUUUGUGAUGUCUGGCUGGGGUACAGGUUAUUCCUUUCGAUGUGAAAUUGUUGACUAUUCACGCUCGCCUACAGCAUUGAGGAUGGCACGCACCUGCUGGCUUUAUUACUUCUCCAAAUUUAUUGAGCUCUUAGAUACUAUCUUUUUUGUUCUGCGUAAGAAAAGUAGUCAAGUGACUUUCCUGCAUGUCUUCCAUCAUACCAUCAUGCCAUGGACCUGGUGGUUUGGAGUCAAAUUUGCUGCAGGUGGUUUGGGAACAUUCCAUGCCUUUCUAAAUACAGCUGUACAUGUGGUCAUGUAUUCCUACUACGGACUGUGUGCAUUGGGGCCAGCCUACCAGAAGUAUUUGUGGUGGAAAAAGUAUUUGACAUCAUUACAGCUUGUCCAGUUCGUUAUUGUCACGAUACACAUAGGCCAGUUCUUUUUCAUGGAGGAUUGCAAGUACCAGUUUCCAGUCUUUCUGUACAUCAUUAUGAGUUACGGGUGCAUCUUUCUGCUGCUCUUUCUCCAUUUUUGGUACCGUGCUUACACCAAAGGUCAGAGGCUACCCAAAACAGUGAAAAAUGGAGUCUGCAAAAACAAAGAUCACUGAAAUUCCAGCACAGCAUAAAUGUAUGAAUAAGACUGAUAUCUUGUCUUCCUUGACAAUCAAGAGAUAUUUCCAUGUGCAGUGCAUUUUGUAUAUUUUUCAAAACCAAGAGCUUGUAUUUUUAUGAUAAGUUAUUGGGGUUUCUGAUAUUUGAGAGCCCAAAGCUCCCAGAUAACAGUCUUCUGAUAAUUAGAGCCUAAAGCAGCCAGUUUUUCAGCUGCUUUUAAACCUAAUCUAAAGGUUUUAUUUAACACAUUUUGUUAGAUUGAAAGAAGGAUGUGAAACAGUAUAGUACUCUUCAAAGAAGUCCAGUAUAGAUGAAAAAUAUCAUUAGAUAUUUUGAGCACGGACAGAGAUUCAUGCCGUACAGUAGAUUCCUUCUGUCGGGUCUGGAAACCUUUAACUGUGGGCUCUGGCUUUGUUGCUUGUUGACUAUAUUCAGAAGACACUGUAUUUACUCUAAACUUAAAUUCCCAUUCUAAACAGCUAAUAGGGUGAACGUUAAGUGUAUUUUUGAUCAGUUAUCAUUUAAAAUCACUAAUGGUAAUUUUUAAUGGAUCUCUUGAGUAGCCGGCACCAGUUUUGCUUGUAAGACUUCCUCACAACGCUUUUGUUGUGUAAACUGUUUAAAAGUGACAAUCCUUUAGGGUAGUACAUUGAUGCACUUGAAACUAAGGUUAAGUUAUUAUUUUGAAAACAAGGUGAUUUGUUCUGAUGGCUUAAUGAACACUUUGCUGUUACUGUUUUGCAAUGAACUUUGUAUAUUUCGGGAAAGAGGUGAAUUUGUCAAUGGAAAAAAUAGUCGUCUGUAGUACUGUAAUGCCACUUUCUCAUAUCAUGGUUUAAAGGAUUAUCUUGGUUAAAUAUAUAUUGGUUAGAUGUGUAAAUGUUCAUAUCAUUGGCACACAUGAAAUGAUUUUAGACCACCCAGGGAUGGGUUAAGAGUGGCUUGUGAAGCAACUGGAAGCAAAUGGUGGCACAGAGAUUAUCCAGGGAAGAUUUGGUGAUAAGGGUCUCUCUUAUAACGAGAACAAGCAAGAGAGAGAUUGUAUAAUAGUUAUUGUUAUAGAUUCACUGCAUGGAAAAGCAUUUUCCAGAAUUAUGAAUUAAUUAACAGCCUGGAAUUCUUUUUUUCAAACUUAUAAACUAUAUAAUGAGGGACUGAAAUUCAUUUUGCAUAGCUCUCGUUUCUUUAAAAUUGCUACUUUCUAAAAGUCAUAUUUUCUUGUUGGAGAACCCAACUACUGAUCAGUAGAGUUUUGCCCAAGAAACAGCAGUAUUUGGACAUUUCUGAAUUUUUCCACAGUGUUUUUUUUUCUUGUUCUAUUUUACUUGAUUUUGAAGGAUUGCUUAUGCUUGUAUGACUAUAAGCAAUUAGUACCCCAGUAAUUGUGUAACACACAGUGAUACUUAUUGUACAACAAAGCCUGAGUUUUUACCAACUGUAAACUCCUAGAGUUAGGUGUCUCCCUCCUAAUCCAUUAAUCUGUACCAUGGCCUUUUCUCUUCACACUCAGCAGAUUAGUAAGGUUAUUUGCCUUUAGUGAUUUCACUUGCUUACAAUAUGAGAAUUUGAGGGUUGAUAAAAGGGGAGAUUUCAUUUUUCUUUAAUAAAUAGUAAAAAACAGGAGAGCAAAGCUAAAAGAAACAGCAGCCCUAAUUUAUUUCUCUGUGAGAGUCUCAGGGUUCCUUAAGUGUUUUCCUAUUUUUCUCUUCAAAUCCAGCCUGUGCUAAAAUGAGGAGGUAUGGUAGAUGCUGUUACACAUACGCACAAUUCCCAAAGACCCCAGUAGGGUAAAGACCAAAAGGAAGCAAAACUAAAAGAAGAGAAAACAGGAGAGUUUGUUUCUUCUCUUGCAUACUUUCUGCCCUGCACUGUACAACCCCUCCUUGUCUCCCUUUAAAAAGUCUUUAAAAUGUUUGCUGUGCCUGUAAACUAACAGCAACAUGUGACAGAAUCACAUUCUACAUUAUAUGAAUAGGAAUGGAGAGCUAGAAUGUUACAUGAAAAGAAAUCACAGCUGGCAGAGGUAACCUCCGUAUGAACAUCAGCAGAGUAGAAUGGGUACCACUGGAUGUAGGAUUGGAUGGGCAUUGUUUUAUUAAACAGCUCUGUGGGUCACAUAGAGUUUCUGUUGGAGUUUCAUCCCACUUUUCAGGACUUCCUUGCCUUUGGGUUUGCUUACCUAACAAAUAAAAAGGCCAGCUGCAAAAUCUGGCUUAUGACAUAAAGCUCUAUGAAUCCUUUAGGACCUAUAUCUAUAUUACAAAUAAAUGCAAAUGUAAAAUUUUAAUUAUCUGUGGGACAUUGCCAUUUUAAAGUCUUGAGUAGAAUUCUUAAUUGAGCAGACUACAUUGUUACAUAAAUUAUAAGAUUAUGAUGUUACAUUUCUUCAAUUAUCCCUUAUCUCUGUUAACUGCUUUUAACGACUAUGGAAAACUCUGUGGAUACUGUCAAAGUUUGGGUUUGGUUUUUGGUGUGUGUAUUAUAAUAAAUUUGUGGUAUCACAUGUA